AUGAAUAAUACAUAACUAGAACUCUUUAAUUAAGCAUGUCAUUAAUAUAAGGGUAUGGUCAUUUCUUCUGAUUUCAUUCAGGCAGCUCUCCUUAGUAGAUAUCAGAUAACUCCAGCUGAAUUCUUGAGGCCAUUUUUACCUAGAAAAUUGUAAAGAUUGAAAUUAGGUUUGAGAGAGAAGGAAAAAGAGCUUAAUAUAAAAUUAUUAGAUUUAAGAGAAUAUGCUUCGAUAGGCAAUGUGAAAUUAGAUAAAUAUUCACGUAAUUUGUUGGAGGAUACUUAAUUUGUGGAUUAAGUUUAAAUCUCAAGAAAUUGUAGUAAACAAGUGUUAGAUCAAAUUUGUGAAUAAAAUAAAAUGGCUGGAUUCUAAUAAUUGUAAUAAGUAGUAGGGGAUUGUUUGGGAUACUAAUAUCAUUAUAAUUUUUUAGAUCAUCCAAUUAUAUUAUUUUAUGUAGUAAGUGGAUAAGAGAGAAAUUUAAUAGAAGAAAUUCAUAGAAUAAGAAAUGAAUCAAAUAGUUUAAUAAAGAUGAUAUUUAAAAAUAAUUUAAGCGAUUUAGAAAUGUUAAGCAAAGUCAUAAUAAUAUUAAAUGAUGCUUAAGAAGUAGUAUAAUAUGAAUCUUUGGAUUUGAUUUUCAAAGAAUUUGGUAAGUUUCGAGCUUACGCUUUAAAAUACAAUCUACCAAAUUCAAUAGAACAAACUCAUUGGUUUAGAUUUGCAUAUUAAAGAUAUAAUUAUGAUGGGGAAGUACCUAAACAUCCUUUAGGAAUUUUAGAUGAAUAAUGGACUAAAAUAUAUCGAUAAGUAAUUGAGGAAGUUAUAUUAUAAUAAACCAUAGUGAUUUUAGAAAAAUAAAUAAAUAUUUAGACCCAACAAUAUUUAGAAAUGAAAUAGAAAACAUUUGACACAUUUUUGACAAGUAUUUUUAAUACAAGAACAGGAUAAUAAAAUGAAACUGAAUAUAAAAUGACUUAAAGAGAGUAACUCUUGAGAUUUUUAGGAGAUAAUCAUUAUUUAAUGAAUGAUUAUGAAAGUGCUGCUACUUAUUAUAAAGCAUUAAUAUCUGAACUUAAAAAUAAUAAGACUAAUACUACAAUUGCCACUUUAAAUGCCACUGAAUAUUAUUUAUAUUCACGUUUAUUAGCAUAGUAGAAGAUAGAUAAUAUUAAGAAUAUAUUUGAAGAAAUCUAAGUUGGUUAUCAUAAAAUUGUUCAUUUCCCAUAUAUGUUAAGAGUUAUGUUUUUUUAUAUUAUCACAAUUCAUAUGUUUGGAAAAUAUAAUAGAGAAUAAAUCUAUUUUCUUUUUAGAUUUCAUCGCUAUUUUAAAGAUUUAGAAAGCAAUACAAAAAAGGAUUAUUUUGUAGUUUAUUAAAUUUUAGUUUUUGAAUAGAUUGCAUUUAUUCAUUUAAGAUUAGAUCCUCCAGAAUUUAGAAAAUUUGCACAUAAUUUAACUUUAGUUGCUAAUAAGUAUGAAUCUGAGAAUUUUAAAAAACAUGCAUUAAGAUGCUUUAAAAUAGUUGAAUCAUUAUAUUAACAAUCUAAAUGGAUUCCAUUAUUAUUUUGGUUGGAAGGACAUAUAGGAGUUAAUUGUUUAGAGAAUCAAAGAAUUUAAGAAGCUAUUGAUUCAUUUAAAUUGGCAUUUAAUUAAUUAAAUGAAAGAUAGCCAAUUGAAUUACAUAAUUAAUUAGUUGUUGAUUGGAAAAAAGCAUAUACUUCAAUUGAAUAACUUUAAGAUUAUAGAAAUAAAUAUUUUACUUAAUCUAAUGCUAGUUUAAAAAUUCCUAUUGUAAAAGGACCUGUAGAUAUAUUAACACAUGGUUAAGAUGUACUUGAUUCUAUAGUUCUUACUAAUAUUAAAUAGAAAUAUAAGAAUUUAUGGAAUACAGUUUCAAAAAAUGAAUCUUUUUUUGAAGAUGCAUCUAUCCGAAGUUUUGAUUCCCUCUAUUUGGAAGAAAGAAUAGCAUGUUUCAAUAAAAUUCCCUGUAUAAUAAAUUUUGAAAAGAUUUCAGAUAUUGUAGAAAAGAUUAAUAAAUUUGGUAGAUAAUGUUUUGCUGAAGAUACAUUAACUUUAAGGUUUUUUAUAAAUUUACCUUUGAAAGUGCCUAGUUACAUUAAUGGUUUAUAAGUAAUUUAUGAAUUUUAUACAAUAAAAGAGAAUAUUUUAGAUUUGGAUACAAAUAAUGAGAAAGAAUAUGAACUAAAAAAACUCUCUAGUUUAGAAGUGAAAGAUAUUCCUUUUUAGAGAGCAGUUUAAGAAUAUAUUGAAGUAUCUAUAACACCUCCAUAAGCAGGAUACUUGAUUAUAAGAGGAUUAUAAUGGAAUUUUAUAAAUAUUCCUGCAUAAUUAUUAAUUAAUUAUGAUACAAAAGAUUAAUCAAAAAAGAAGAGUGUAAAUUUUUACAACAAAUUUAGAGUGUUUCCUAAAUUUAUUCCAAUAGAGAUAGAGUAUUAUACAAAACCGGUGAUAGCAUAUGGUGAAAUAAGACCAAUAUUAUUUAAAUUUACAAAUAAGAAUCCUGAAGAGAUUGUAAUUCAUAUAACUCCAAUAAUUCCAUAUCAUUUUGGUUUUGAAGAGAAGAAAAUAAUACUAAGUGCAUUUUAAGUCUUGGAAUAUUAAUUUUAUUUGAGAUGUAGUUUUUAGGAAGAAUUUGUAGGAUAAUUAUUAUUUAAGUAUUAAUAAGGAUAGAGUGGUGGAAUACGAAUAUAAAAAUUAGAGAUUCCAAUGAAAGUGGAUCCUAGUUUCAAAAUAUCAUUAUAAACAGAUCUGAUAGUUGACUAUUGGAAAUUUACAUUAUAAGUUUAAGAUUAUUUUGGAGGAAAGGGUAAUCUAAGAUUUGAUAGAAUACUUUGUUUAAAUGAGAAUUGGAAAUAUUUUGAUGUUCCAUAUUAAUCAAGUGGAGAUCCAUUUCUAUUGACAACAUUUAAAUUAAAAAAAAUAUAAACUAAAGAUUAUAGAUUUGAAGAAUAUCAAAAUAGAUUAAAAGAAAGAUUUUAUAGAGAAGGGGAUAAUUUUAAUGAAAUAAUUUUAAGUAAUUAAGAGAUUCCUGAAGAUGUUGCAUUAGAUUUUGUAAAUUUGGAUAUAUAGCAUUAUUUCAAUGUUUUCUAUUAGAGAUUAUCUAAUUAGAGAAUGGAAGAAUUUCCUUUGUUUGUAAUAGCAAGAUGGACAUAUAGAGAUGAAGAUGAAAUAAUUUAUGGAUUACAUGAAUUGCCAGUUUUAUAAUAAAAUUAUCUGCAUAAAGAUGUAAAAGAAUUUCCGAUGUCUUUUUCUAUAUCUGCUCCAUUCGAAGUUUAAUAGUAAAAUAUGAUAACAAUGGUUCCAAUUAAGAUAAGUUUUAAAAAUACAAAGUAUAUUGAACCUAUUAGUUUUACUGUUACUUUGUUUAAUGGAGAUGAACCUUUAAAGUAUAAUAAUAUAAUUAAUAAGGUCAAUUAAUGACAUUUAAUAGCCAUUUUUUUUAUGGGAAGGAAUCUUAAAACAUUAAAUCACUUUGAAACCUUAAGAAAUGAAAAUUUUGAAUUUAGAAGUAGUAUUUACUGAUAAAGGAGUUUAUGAUUUGAGUAGAUUUAGGUUAACAAUGCAUAACAAAUAAUAAAACGAAUAUUAUUCAAUUGAUCAUGAAGCAGUUAUAAUAAAAAUUAUAUGA